UUCGAUGUCCGACCUAUCAUUUAUCUGGAUGUUGAGAACAGCGCUGACACGAUUUCAAACCAAAUGGAAAUCGUACAAACAUCGGUUUGUGCCUUGGGUUGUACUUAAUCUGUCUAAAAAUGAGAAAACUCUGCGACAGGUGACGGAGCGCUGCAAAGACAAGGUGGUGCCAGACGAGGAGGUUUCACAUAGCCUGUUGAAGCUCUUCAGAGUUCUGCUCAGGAGCCACGGUGCUAAUCUUGACUUCCGAGCAGUUCAAACUCACUUCGUCAAACAAGUAAGAAGUGAAGAGGAACGCUGCGGCGGAAACCUCGAUGCCACGUUACACUGUCUCGGAUUCUGCAUUGACCGGAAGCCAAGCACGUUGCCCUUUGCAGGAACUGGAGUGUUUGUCACCAAAGGAUUUAUACCCAAAGGAACCACGGUUGCUAUGUACCCUGGCACAGUAUAUCAAGCCUAUGAGCCGAUUCUUCUCCAGUCCAUCAGAAACCCUUUUGUAUUCAGGUGUAUCGAUGGUGUGUUAAUUGAUGGAAAUGAUAAAGGCAUCUCUAGGAUGGUCUUUAGGUCCUGCAGUGGCAGGGACAGAAUAGGACCCUUCAUGAUGAGUGACACCAGCUGGUUGACGGACUGUCCCCAGAACCCGCUUGCCGUGGGUCAGUACGUGAACAACUGCUGUAAUGAGCGGCCUGCUAAUGUGUGUUACCAGGAAUAUGACGUGCCAGAGAAGUUUCCCAUUGAGCUUCGCCGGUAUCUACCCAAUGUCAACUACAGCCUGGACACACAAAGGCCUCUUCGCUGUGUUGUGCUUGUAUCACUCAGAGACAUUUCAGAAGGGGAGGAACUCUUCUCCAACUACUAUACCAUUGUGCAUUAGAGUCAGCACAAUUAUUAUGAUUUGUAAAGAAAUGUAGUAUUGAAAAGUAUAUUUUUAACAAUUCAAAUAUCACUUUUACUUUCAAGGCUUUUUACUGUCAUUUCAAUGUAAAUCGUCAUGUAGAGUGAAACUUCCCCCAGGAUCCCAGUGCUACAACAUAACAAUAACUUAACUCUAGAGCUGAGAAUUUUUAAACAAAAGCUAAACAAAAAACCUACAUAAAGCGCACACGUACUUAGCGGUGCCAACUAAAUAGUGUAAAGGGAAACACAAGUAAUACUUAGUGUUGUGUAAACUGUCUUUUGAGGUGAGUGUGAAAGAAUGAUUUGUAUGUGUUGAUUUAUACAGAUGUGAACUGCAUCAAAUACUUGUCCUGUUUAUUUCUGUACACUAGUGUAUUGUAUGCAUGUAACAUAUUCUAAUCUACUAUUUGUCUCAAGGGAUUACCAAAAAUAUCAAUAGCAAUGUUGGAAGUGCCUUUUUCUUCUGCAGUGUAGGCCAAUGGCAAGUUACAGACCAUGUAUAUGCCUUUUUUUAACUUACCGUUAAGGUUUAAAACCAGAUAUAAGCUGCUUUGCAGGACAUUAUUUCUACAGCCCUGCGAGCAACAUCUGAUAUGUGCACAGAGCUGCAUGCAGCAAGUUAAUUCCUGACUGUAAAGUAACACCCUGCAUUCUCUGGUGCAUAUCUGAAUAACAUUGGUUUGGUAAGUCAGUGGGUCCUUAUCUUAUAGUUAGUUUGUUCGUAUUGUGGUUUGUAUUUAUGUCAAUAUCACAAUAUUUCAUGAAAUACACUUGUAUCCCAAAUGUCGCACAACCUUGUCAGGAAUAAUUUUGGCCUGUCAGAGUCACGGUAGCAGCCU